GUGAUCUGUGAUCUAUUUGACGUGCUUGGCGCGGGAAGCUGGCAGGUGUUGUAUCUGUGAUCGACUGGUCGAGGCUGUAAAGAUGGCUUCCUUUGAGCAGGCGGAGCCGCGCCAGUCAGAUUCUCCUCCAGGGAGGGAGGAUACUGUGCCGAGGGAACAGCUGAUUGCCACUGCAGUGAAAUUUUUGCAGAACCAAAGAGUUCGUCAGAGUCCAUUAGCAACAAGAAAAUCCUUCCUAAAGAAAAAAGGUCUAACAGAUGAAGAAGUUGAGAUAGCUCUACAGCAGUCGAACACCGCCGCUGAUGAAGUACUUGGACCUGUCACCCAACAGCACUUGGUGCAAUCUUCACACCUUGCUGCAGUGCCAUACAGUCCUCCUAGUUCCAGGUGGCGGGAAUAUGGCGCUUUGGCAAUUAUCAUGGCUGGGAUUGCAUUUGGCUUUCACCAACUAUACAAGAGAUAUAUUCUGCCUCUUCUAGUGGCCAGCAAAGAAGAUAAGAAGCAUCUGCAGAGAAUUGAGUCGGGUGUUACUGAACUAAGUGGGACCAUAACACAGACAGUGACACAGCUACAAACAAAUCUUACCACAGUGCAGGAGCUUCUGGAACAACAGCAAGAGAGGUUACAAGAGCUCUCCCAAGAACUGACGAGUACCAAGGCUUCUUCCUCUACAAAUUGGCUCCUAGAGUCUCAGAGUGUGAAUGAAUUGAAAGCUGAGAUCACCUCACUGAAAGGACUACUCCUAAGCAGACGACAGUUCCCAUCUUCGCCUUCAGCUCCAAAGAUACCCUCUUGGCAGAUUCCUGUCAAACCAUCGACAAUAGCCACUUCGGUGACAGUCAAUCACAACAACAGCAGCAGCGACAUCUCACCAGUCAGCAUUGAAUCAGCUUCUUCCUCGCCAAUCACAGAGAACCAUAGCCCUGAAGGGGGCAAUCUCAGUAGCCAUGUCAUUAACAGCAACAAAGUAGAUGUUAAAUGUCAGGUGAGGAUGGAAGUCCAAGGGGAGGAAGAGAAAAAACAAGAGAAUGAAGAUGAGGAUGAAGACGAUGACGUCGGUCAUGUGGAUGAGGAGGAUCCUCUGAAUGUGCAGACAGAAGAUCGGCGGGGUGGUGAUGGACAGAUAAAUGAGCACGUGGAUAAACUACGGCGUCCAGAAGGUGCCAGUAAUGAAAAUGACAUUAACUAAUUAGCAGAUGUGAUCCUGUGAUUUGGCCUCCAUGAACAGAACGUCCUUAAUUCCUUUAAUUUACUGUAAAUAUAUGCUAUUGCAUCCUGAGCUGUGGAUUUUUGCUAUCCAGCAAAUAACGCUCUGGCCCAUGUAAACACCUGAUCGAUAUGAGUGGCUAGUUACACCCAGUUACACUUUGGUGCAACGUUAUUGCAUGACCAGGUCCAAAGAGUUCAGCACGCAAAGAGCGAAUUACCUCAGUGGUGAAGAAGUCAAAGUGCUCACCUGUAAUCUACCUGGUUGUAGGUUAAAAACCCCGCAAAAUUCCACACCUUGCUUAUGAUGUGUUUUGUUAGCACUCAGUCAACUCUUGAUGUGAUCUAGAAUCAACCAAGGAAAUGUGGUUGGGCAUCCGGUCCCACCCUUUAUGUGAAGAAGCAGCACCACCAUCAAAGCUAUAUUGUUUCUUGGUAGUCCACAUUGGCUGCUAGAAGCAUCUCUAAGAGCUGAUACAGUCGAAGCCUGCUAAGAACAUGAUUGUAAAUGAUAAGCUUGUGUUCGAAUUGUUAUUGUAUAAUGGGAAUGGGAGUGAAAGGAAAUAGUGCAUUGAAAUUUUGUAUUUGCAUUACAAUAACUUUGUAUUCGGGUGUGACUGUAAAUGGAGUGCACACACUCAGACUGGGAUAGCCCUGAAGAAUGGGACUGUAACAAAGUUGAUUUUCUUUUGUUGGGCAAAUAGGCUUUCCUUGUGGUUCGAGUUCAAGAAACCCCUUUGUCACCUUUGUACCAUUAUUUCUAUCAUCUCGAUGGAUUAUGAUAUGCAAGAGAAGUAGCAAUGUCAAAUUGAAAGUCACAGUAUCACACAAUAAAACCAUAGCAGAGAACCCUGAAUUUGGAAGAAACUUCAGUUAGCACUGAAGGGAGCUCCAUGACAUGAACCAAUUUUGAUUUCAUUUCAGGGCAACAGUAUAGUUCUUGAACUGUACAGAUUUGAUUUCAAAUUAUGACCCAAGACUGACUCUUUGAUAUGGCACAUCAAUCAGACACUGCUCCCCUUUCUUCGGAACCAGAUUUUAAUUAGGUUAGAGUGUUUCAGUUGUCCAGUAGGUAAGAUGCUGAAAACCCGCAUCCUUUUUAUUGUGGGUAGGUUGGGGUUGGAGAAGCAACAACGCUCUUAUGCAUUUUAAACACUUUUGCUUUAAUUUGUUUUGACUACGCACAAGUUUUUAAUAUGAAAUGGCGAAAGAUGGUGGUAGUGGUGAAGGACAAGGUCAUUUUUUUUCAGAAAUGCAUUUGUGGUGUUUAAAUUGAACUUUAUAGCAAAGCACAUGAAAUCGUUUGCUACUUGUAUUCAUUAAUAAUGAAAUACAGUUUAUGAUGUAAGCAAACCAAA